ACCCCAUCAAUCGUCUUCCCCAGUCCAAACUAGGGUUUAAGCGAAUCUCUGUUUCUCCUAGGAAACUCAUCACCAUGUCCCUUUACCGUCUCCUCCUCCGCGCUCGCCGUCCAUCUCUUUCCUCUCAAUCCCUUCCACUUUCCCUCCACCACUUCCACAAUCUCUCACUUUCCCAAGAUGCUCCACUACCAAACCCUACGCCUCACUCUCCUGAUCAGAAUCCGAACUCCGAUCCUAACCCAAAUCCCAACCCCAACCCUAGUUUUUCCCCGCUCAUUUCUUCACUUCCACACCGCACCAUGGCCUUCUCUUCCGCCGAAGAGGCUGCCGCCGAGCGUCGCCGCCGGAAACGGCGCCUCCGCAUCGAACCGCCACUUCAUGCUCUCCGCCGUGAUCCCUCGUCUCCUCCUCCGCCUCGGGAUCCCAACGCUCCUCGCUUGCCGGACUCCACCUCCGCUCUCGUAGGCCCUCGGCUCAACCUCCACAAUAGAGUCCAGUCGCUUAUCAGAGCCUCCGAUCUUGACGCCGCUUCCCGCCUUGCCCGGCACUCUGUAUUCUCGAGCACUCGUCCCACCGUCUUCACCUGCAACGCAAUAAUUGCUGCCAUGUACCGUGCCAAGCGCUACAACGACGCUAUCGCUCUUUUUCACUUCUUCUUCAAUCAGUCCAAUAUAGUUCCUAAUGUUGUCUCCUACAAUCAGAUUAUCAACGCGCACUGUGACGAUGGAAGAGUUGAUGAGGCUCUCAAUGUUUACCGACACAUUCUGGCCAAUGCUCCCUUUAGCCCGUCUCCUGUUACCUACAGGCACUUGACCAAAGGGUUGAUCGAUGCUGGAAGAAUCGGGGAGGCCAUGGACUUGUUGAGGGAGAUGUUGAACAAGGGGCACGGAGCUGAUUCCUUGGUCUACAACAAUUUGAUUAGUGGGUUUUUAAAUUUGGGAAAUUUGGAGAAGGCUAAUGAGCUGUUCGAUGAGUUGAAGGAGAGGUGUCUUGUGUACGAUGGUGUUGUGAACGCAACGUUUAUGGAGUGGUGGUUCAACCAGGGAAAGGACAAGGAGGCCAUGGAGUCGUAUAAGUCCUUGUUAGAAAAGAAGUUCAGAAUGCACCCUACUACUUGUAAUGCCCUUUUGCAGGUUUUGCUCAAGCACGGUAAGAAAACAGAGGCUUGGGCUUUGUUUGGUGAGAUGCUGGAUAAUCACACUCCGCCAAAUACUCAAGCUGUGAAUUCGGAUACCUUCAAUAUAAUGGUAAAUGAGUGUUUCAAGCUUGAGAAAUUCUCUGAGGCAAUUGAUACAUUCAAGAAGGUUGGGACGAAGCCAGGUUCAAAACCUUUUGCCAUGGAUGUUGCAGGCUAUAAUAAUAUCAUCACGAGAUUUUGUGAGCACGGAAUGUUAUCUGAAGCAGAGACGUUCUUUCAAGAAUUGACAUCAAAGUCAUUGUCUCCUGAUGUCCCAACUUACAGGACGAUGAUUGAUGCCUAUCUGAAGGCAGAGAGAAUUGAGGAUGCUUUGCAGUUACUGAAUAAGAUGGUAGAUGCUAAUCUGAGGGUGGUAGCAAGCUUUGGGACAAGUGUUUUUAGCAAGUUGAUUAACAAUGGCAAGGCUGAGGAGUCUGCGCAGGUUUUGACUAAAAUGGGAGAGAAAGAUCCUAAGCCCGACGCAGCCAUUUAUGAUGUUGUGGUCAGGGGGCUGUGUGAUGGAGGUGCACUUGAGACAGCAAAGGAUAUGGUGGAUCAGAUGAUGAGGUAUGCUGUUGGUAUUACACCAGGGCUUCGGGAUUUUGUAUGUGAGGCUUUUGAGAAAGCAGGGCGAGAUGAAGAGAUUGAAAGAAUCUUAAAUGCAAAUAGGUUCGGUUAUGUUGCUGGGGGAGCGAGAUCACCUCCAAUGGGACCGCCAAGAAUGGCAAGGGGACCUUCAUCAGGACACUCACAAAUGCCAUGGCACCGGCAGGCACAACGAUCACCUCAUACGACAAGUCGGGCCGAGCAGCCACCUCCCAUGGGAGGCCAGCAGCAGCCUUUAGGUUCCUAUCAAACAGCAGACCAGCAGCCUGUAGGUUCUUCUCAAAUGGCAGGGCAGUGGCAGCCUGUAGGUUCCAAUCAAACAAAUGUGCAGCAGCCAUUAGGUUCCUAUCAGUCUGCAGGGCAGCAGCCUAUUGGCUCUUAUCAUCAGCAGUCAUCUUGGUCUCAUCAAAUGCCAGGCCCGCAGUCAACUUGGUCUCAUCAAAUGCCAGGGCGGCAGCCAACUUGGUCUCACCAAACGGCAGGACAUCAACCAUCAUGGUCUCACCAAAUGGCAGGACAGCAACCAUCUUGGUCUCAUCAAACGGCAGGGCAGCAACCAUCUUGGUCUCAUACGGGGCAGCAGCCAUCAUGGUACAAUCAAACAGCAGGGCAGCAUAAUUCAGGAACUCCACAGACAUGGAGUCAGCAGGAUUCAUCAGGAGCACAACAAAUGACACCACAGACACACACAUGGCCUUCUCAGAUGGAAGGGCAACUGCAAUCAGGGCCUUCUAAAAUGGAAGACCAGCAAACAUCAGGAUCUGAUCAGUGGAAGGAGAACUGGCAACAGGUUGCAGCUUGAUUCUUGCGCAGACGGAUAUAGAUAAAAUGGCCAGCUCUAUAAUGCUUUCAUUUCUGAGUUGGGCAAAAAAACCUCUUUACAUCAUUAUUUAUCCCAUUUAUGAGUUGGCCAGUUUUGCUUGAAGCAUAAUAAUGAGUUGGUUUUGGCCAGGAGGCUCAGUGUAUAUGUUAUGCAUCUAUUCAAUGUUAUAUUGUUAUGGAAAAUGAAUUAACCAUUUUUGUAG